AUUCGCCUAAAAAAAUAAUUACUAAUUAUGUACACAUACCAAAAAUCAAUCCCAUUUGAUUAAUUCAUACAAUUUAACCCUUAUAUGGUAGGCAACGAAACCGCUAAACGUAAAGGAAACAGUUCAAAGGACGUGAUUUACUCAUAAUAUAUAUUAUUGUCAUAAUAAAAUGAACAGCACAAUUUAUUUAGUCAUAGGUCAAUUGACACGUAAAUUAUAUACGAUCAAAUCGAGUGACAGUUUCAAUAAAAAGAAAUGUUUAAAAACGAAUGUUUAAUAUUAUUAUCGGUUUUAUCGUUAAGUGUGUCGCAACCACUAGUCGAUAAAAAAAUUGUUACAAUCAAACUACCGACGGACAUCACUAAUGGGACAUUCAUUUCUAUAGCCGGCGAAAUGUACACGGACGGGUUGUACAUAUCAAUAAGGGGCAGAAAGUCCGAUGAGAGAUGCAAUAUAAUGUUCGUACCGUCUGAGAGGAACAUCAAAGUCAUAUCGUUGGCUGAACACGAUGUAACCUAUGAUCUGCACCACAGUGGGGAUGCACCUGUACCAUUCACACUGAACAUAACAGCAAGAACCGUGAUCGAGAGCACUAUCAAUAACUUCUUGGACUUAGAUUUCGAAGGUAAUGACGCCGGACCGGAACUGCUGCAACCUUGCGAUAUAAAAAACUUCCAGAACUUACAGAAGAUCACAAUCAAAGGCAUACAUCACCUCAGGGGUCUGUUGUUCGAAUACGACAAAAAUAGUUAUUAAAAUCUAUAGUUAUAAGCUAAUUAGUGAUAUUAGAAUUUUUUUAUCUAGUCAUUAGUUUGUAAUGUGAACGGCAGGUCCGUUUUAUUGAAUUAAAUUUAUACAAUUCGUUGAUUGUUUAUAUAAAUGUAAUAAAAAUAUAUUAAUUUUGAAACA